AUGUAUGACUUUGAGAAAAGCAAUGAUUUUUGUAAAGUGGAGACCAGCAAUUGUAAGCUAUCUUGCGCAGUGUCUCGUCAAAAUAUCUAAACUCAUCUUGUUAUGCGCCGUUUAAUUCAUUCAUACUGUAACGCCAUCCUUGUCUUUAUUUUAAUUAUUCUAAUCUGUCUGUCUGCCUCAUCUUCUCUUUCAUCCAUAUCCUAAUUUUUCCAGAGGCCUUUCCUCAAUUCGGAUAAUGCCAAAUCUUCACGUCCUUCAACUACCGUAGGACUUUCUAGGGGUUAAUAAACACAAAACAUCGCGACUAUCUUCCCCUUGUCGAAAAAUGGAAGGGAGCAAACUUAAAGCCCAAUAAAUCCGGCAUUUGAUUGGUUUCCCUUUAACGCCAUCCGAAGCCAUACAACUCCCGAGCUAAAUUGAGGCAAAAACGUCUUUGCCUUAUAUUAUGACAGUUUGCGAUUUUUGAGGAAGGUGCGGGGUUUUCGGGGCUUUCAAAUUUUCUAUUGCUUAUAAUUUUUAAGUGUAUGAUAAAAUAAAUUUUUGGUAAUUACAGUUUUAUUUUCAGCCGACCCGGUCAAUGUCAUCAAAAUGGGGGAGUUGGCAGCCUUGAAUUAUCAGCUUAUAAAUCGAAUAUAUCCCAUCAGGUAAGAAUACGGCGAAUUGCUCUGAAAUUCUUCAAUUUCAGCAAAGCUCAAUAGAAAUAUGGACUUUGAAAAACUCGAAAUUUUAUAAGGUUGUGAUUGCUUCGUUAUGGAAAUCUAUUGAAAUCAGAAAAUUACAGGAAAUACGUUCUGUUUGCCUCGGUUGCCUUCAUUGUUCUGUCCUUCCUCAUCAUUCUCGAAAGCGCGUUCAUCUUGACGUCAAAUCACACAAUAAAGUAAGGAAGCCCUGGUUGAAAACACGACGCCUAGCUAGGACAAUACAUUCUUUCAGCCAUUGAAUUGACUCGCCAAUUCAAUUUCAAACACUAAAUUGCCUAUUUCAGCAGCCCCUUUCUAAUCAUCUUCUCCUAUCUUUUGGCAUGGCUGUUGAUUCUUUUCGGAGUUGUCGGCCUGAAAUACGGGUGCUUGUCAGCAUCAAUUGUCAACACAGCCCCCACAAUUCAGACUGAACGACCAACUUCGCCGGCAAUUUGGAUCACCGGGACUCUAGCGCAGCCCCAAGAAGAAGGUCUGAAUAUCCCGGGAAUGGUGCCAAAUCUCUUGCCAGGCUAUCCUGCCCCACCUCCGCGAUAUUCUUCGCUGGGAAUCAACGAACCGCCAGUUCGAUCCAAGAGUUUUCGCAUACCUCACAGCGCACACGGCUUGAGAAGCCCACCUCCAUCAUACCCAAGGCAUUCGAUUGUGUAA